ACACAUACACACACAAAGGGCAGUCUUUGUAUGGGAGACAGCAGCCAUCCUCCAAGAAUCCAAGACAUCAUGAAGGAUUUGUCUCUGUCCCUGCUGAGUCGGGGGUGUGCUCGAUUCGUCUCAACCAACAGAAACACAGGGAGACAUGACGGACGGCUGGACGUCUGCUUUACACCACAGGAUUACUACAUUUGGAAGUCCCAGGACUCUCUCCUGCGACUGUCCAACAGCGGCCAUCUGCUUGUGGAGGCAGAGUCAGCCAUUCCAAAAACUUAUAGCACCCGUAGGGGGCCACUUCUACUAUACUCCCAGGACUUGAUUACUAUGGAAACGGGUUGUCUCUCAGAGACCAGAGAGAAGAAGCAGCGGGUUGUUCGGCGGUACACUCAACAAGUGGAACAACUGAGCACCCUCAAGGAGUUAUCGGCAGCCAUUUUGAGCUACAGUGACACUCAGUUCACCUCCUCCAGACUCAAUCCACUCCUCUGUCCUCCUCUUCAUCUACCUCCUGCUCCAGACCUUCAUCGUCCCAGCCCUCUGCCUCUCCCUCUUCGCACAACACAAGAGCAGCCCAGUCCGGAUUUUCUUGUACAGCUGAACCCCCAGUAGCUUCCUGCAGAGAGAAUCACUGAACAACUGGAUAAUCAACCUGAAGAUAAUGCGGAGGAGCAGAGCAGCAGGAAAAGAGUCAGGCUGGAUCUGUUCCUUCAGAUACCCUGCACCUCCAGGAGUCCAACUCCACAGAUGGAGCCUCAUCCCUGGGUACACUAUGCAGCAAAGACCCCUGAC